AUGGAAGCCAAGACAAUAAAGCAAUAUGUCGCCGUCAAGAAGGGCGGCCCCUUCCAGGUAGUGACUGGGCCUUACCCGUCUCCAGGACCUGGCGAGGUGUGCAUUCGCAACCUUGCCGUCGGCCUGAACCCGCUGGAUUGGAAGAACCUGUACUACGGGGAGAUGGUCAAGUCUUGGCCCGAGGUGUUUGGCAUCGACACCGCCGGCAUUGUGGAGUCGGUAGGCAGCGGCGUGACUGCGUUUUCGCCUGGCGAUGCUGUCAUGAGCCUGGCAGGACACGGCGGCCGAGCGGGAGCAUUCCAAGAGGUCACUACGGUGCCGGCACAUUUCGUCUGCAAAAAGCCCGCAGCGUGGACGUUUGAAGAGGCUUCGUCGGUUCCAAUUUGCUACCUCACGGCGGCUACAGCGGUCACCAAAGCCCUGGGCGCGCCUCUUCCCUAUCUGCGGGAGGACUCCUCACCGGUGGGAGAUGGCCCCGAUGCCCAUGGUGCCACUGCCGCUCCCAUCCGUAGCGUUCUGGUUGUCGGCGGCAGCUCCGGUGUUGGGGCGUCGGCGGUUCAGCUGCUACGACUGGCUUUGCCGUUGGCCACGAUCAUAUCGACCAAUUCUCCCAGGCACGACGAGGACAUUACGGGUCUAGGAGCAACGCUGUGCGUUGACCGCCAUGACCCCAAGCUCGUUGCAACAGUCAAGAGCGUUUCCCCGGGCGGCGGCGGAGUUGAUGCCAUCAUUGACGCCGUGGGAGGUGCGGCAGAGAAUGCCGAGCUUUUUGGCGCUCUACGUGUGGAUGGUCCGAGGAUCUACAGCCAGGUACUUACGGGCGACAAAAUUGCGGUCCCUGACGGCGUGUCGUCUGUGGUUGUUUUUGGGCGCAUGAUGUUCCAGCUCCCGGGGGGCAUGCGAGCCAUGAGCAAACUCGUGGAGCUGGUCGAGGAGGGAAAGUUCAAUCUCCCACUCCAGGUUAGCGUGGCUGGGAAAGCUUUCGAGGCGAUUGGUACGGGUCUGGAGAGCCUCAAGGCAGGCGUGAGCAGGACAAAGUUGGUUGUGUCUCUGUAG